AUGGGCAGAAAAGAAUAUAACUUUCAAGAAUUUUUUCAAUUAGCAAAGCCAGAUAAUCCAAAGGCUAAUAAAAAGGCAAGUCACCUUAGAAAUUGUCCAAAUUUUAGAGCCGAAUAUAGUACAGAUGAGUUGGUUUGUACUAUAUAUGAUAUUAAUUACUUGCUUGAUAAAUUAGUAGUGACCGAUGUUGAAUUUGUGUCUGAAAACAAAACUAUCACAUCUUCUACAAUCUCAAAAACCAACUCAUCACUUAUCAAAAAUUUUGUUCCAAAAAAACAAAAUCAAAAAUCUAUUACUAGUUUUGUUUUGCAUUCAAUGUUUAGUAAAGAUAAAGAACAUCUUGAAAACUUAAUAUUACAUAUAAUAGUAUCCAAUAGCCUUUCUUUUACAUUCAUGAAAAAUCAAGAAAUACAAGAUGUUUUUAAUUAUAUUGCACCAGCUUUAAAGCUACCUAAUCGAUAA